AAAAAAGAAAGAAAAAAACACCGGGAAAACCUAUAGUAGCUGUAAUCAAUUCUUCCCCACUCUUUCUCUCUCUACUGAAAAUCCCUCGAGUACUCACUACCAGAUCCCGAACUCUCUUUCGAUCUACAGAUUUCCAGCUUCAACGCUCUUCACUUUGUUCAUUUCUCUGUCACCGUAGUUGCUACACCGCUGUCGUCGAGGGAGGUUGUUGAAUUCAGUCUAAUGGCGAAGCCUAGGUCUUUUUCUUCCAAUCAAGAGUCCUCUCCUAUGUCUGUGAAAUCUAAGGAUUGGGACAAUUUAUCUAGAUGGUCUGAGUACCUUAAUCUCGAAGAACCUUUUGCCUCAUCAUCCACAAGCUGGAAGCAUGCUGUUUCUGAAGCACAUCCAAGUUCUGGAAUUUUCCAAAAAUCACUUCAAAUGGAGUGGGUUGUCCAACUUUCCAAGGUUGCAGAGGGUUUAUUGUGCAAGAUGUAUAGGUUAAACCAAAUCCUGGAGAAACCUGAUUUGGCAUCUCACACAUUUUCUGAAUCUUUCUGGAAAGCUGGUGUAUUUCCCAACUUACCCCGAAUAUGUGUACUUUUGUCAAAAAAAUUUCCAGAGCAUCCUAACAAAUUGCAGCUGGAGCGUGUUGACAAACUUGGUCUGGAUCAUUUGAAUGACAAUGCAGAAGUAUACAUUCAGAACCUGGAAACAUGGAUCACGCUUCUACUUGAUUUGAUGGCAUUUCGGGAGCAAGCAUUGCGUCUUAUUCUCGAUUUAAGCAGCACAGUGAUAACCUUGUUACCUCAUCAAAAUUCUCUGAUCCUACAUGCUUUUAUGGAUCUGUUUUGUUCCUUUGUUCGUGUGAAUCUAUUUUCUGAGAAGAUACCAAGGAAAAUGAUUAUACAAGUUUAUGAUCUCUUAUACACCAUAACUAAGGGUGGACGUGAUUGUGAGUUCUACCAUCGAUUGGUUCAGUUUGUUGAUUCAUUUGACCCCCCAGUUAAGGGGUUGCAAGAAGACCUUAAUUUUGUUAGCCCUCGUAUUGGAGAAGUGCUUGAAGCGGUAGGCCCGAUUAUUUUUCUUUCUACUGAUACUAAAAAGUUGCGGAAUGAAGGAUUUUUAAGUCCAUUUCAUCCUCGUUAUCCUGAUAUACUUACAAAUUCUGCUCAUCCCAUGAGAGCCCAGGAUCUAGCUAAUGUUACAACAUAUCGUGAAUGGGUUCUGUUGGGUUAUCUUGUUUGUCCUGAUGAGCUGCUUCGGGUUACAAGUAUCGAUAUUGCUAUGGUUGUUCUGAAGGAAAAUUUAAUUAUCACACUAUUUAGAGAUGAGUAUGUUCUACUGCAUGAGGAAUAUUUACUUCAUGUUCUGCCAAAAGUCCUUGAGUCAAAAAAAAUGGCCAAAUAUGGGCGUGCUAAACAAAAAGAAGCGGACCUGGAAUAUAAUGUUGCAAAACAAGUUGAAAAAAUGAUAAGUGAGGUGCAUGAUCUGGCUAUUAUAUCCUGUGAUGGAAUCCAUCGUGAAAGGAGAAUACUACUUAAACAAGAGAUUGGAAGAAUGGUUUUGUUUUUUGCUGAUCAACCCAGCUUACUUGCCCCAAAUAUUCAG